ACCACAGAACAACGAGAACGAACCAAAAUCAGAAACGAAAGAGACCACAAAGCACGAAAGCACGACAAGCUGGUGGCGACUAACGCAUCAUCAAACCGCGACCGUUCGGCACCCAGUGCUCGUCUACAGACGCGAUUCGUGCGAAAACAAAUCGAAUACAGAUCAGGGAGGCAGGCCGUAGCCGCUCAGUGCGUGCCCGUGUGUGUGCGCAGGUGUAAGCGGCCAUUCCGUGACUGCGUCGAAAUCGUUUCAACUGCUGCAACGACAUCAACUCCACGCAUCCAAGAACCACGAGGCCUGCAAGGGAGAACAACAGUGUCAUCCGGCGUACAGGCCGACGUCUGCAUCGGCUGAGAAGGUGCAUGCUGGUGCAGCUUCCAUGACUAAGCAGUUCGCGGCGAAGAGCACGCGCUGAACGUGAAAGUGACAACAGCGAAUUUAUUUCACUGAGCGUUACUCUACCUCGCGCGUACAGAACGCAAAACGUAUACUUAAUAAAACAAAAAAAUUAAUGCAAAGUCGAAAAGUCGUUUAGUAGAGAAACAAAAGCGCAAACAAAAACACUCGUCACAUGAUGAGGAAUCAUGGCUGCUAGUGUAUACUACAAUCAUGAAACCGGCACCCUAAGCGAUGACGUCGACUAUGAGGGAUCGAUAGACGAGGAAGCCGCCACGACCGCAAACCGCGCGCAGCCCAUCGCCGCCGCCAUGAAGGUCGACCACAGCAAGCUGAGGAAGAGCACGUCGGAGCCGCCGCCCGAGUGCCGCGUGCUCAUCGACCGGCUGAAGAAGUGCAAUCGCAUGCAGCUGCUCGAGGAGCUCUCGAAGAUCAGCACGUGGACGUUCGGCAAGUGUGAGCUGGGUCACUGGAAGGAGGUGCUUGUUAUUUUCGACGCUAUUCUCGACGAGGCGGCCGAGACGGAGUGCGGCAAUGCAUGGGCACUCAAGUGCGACACUUAUGAUGGAUCGAAUAGGAAGUUGUUGCUGUGGGUGCUGCACUUUACGACGCUCCUCAUCGAGCACUCGUUCUCGCGUCACACGUACAAGUCAAUGGACAAACUGCUGGCGCUGCUUGCAGCCAGCGACAUGUCUGUUGUCCUCGGCGUGCUCAACCUGCUCUAUAUGUUCUCCAAGCGGAGCAACUUUAUCACGCGCAUGCAGUGCAUUCUACGCGCUUCACUAGUGUCUCAGUUACAUUUUCUUGCUGAAAGUUGGGGUGGAAAAGAAAACGGUUUUGGCCUGGCAGAUUGCUGCAGCAAUGAUAAAUCAUUGCCUCCGUCUGCUACGACUCUACAUUUUGAAUUCCACGUGGAUAAUACCGAACCGAAGGAUAAAGAUGCGGCAGCAGGCGCUACAGCGUCAACCGCAGGUCCUUCGCCUGCUGCUACAGCGGCAGCUGCUAGUACUACUAGUGCACCUGCCGGUGCAAGCGUUAAAGACGCGAUCAAAAGCGGCGAAGCGCCACGAGCGAGCAAACAAAGCAUGACUUACAUUCACGUUGAGCACGUGGACCAGCUACGGAAGUCACCCGGUGAAAUAAUGAAAGGAAUACUUGCUUUGUACAAUAUUCCACCAGAAAAAGAGAUGUUACUGUUUACACACGUACGACUCGCCUACCACUUCUCGAAUUAUCGCAAUCGCCUUCUCUGCGUGCAGGCGCGUCUCCAAGCCCUCAGUGUCUUGGUCUAUGCGAACGCGUUGCAGGACUCUGCACACACGCUGCUCUAUAAUGGCCUGCUCGAGGAGCUCGUCGAAUUGAUCGAGCUCAAGUUGCCUUACUUGGUCGAGAUUCGCUCGGCCGCGCUCAGGACACUCACGUCGAUAAUUCACCUAGAUAGGAAUCCACAUUUUCCCAAGAAACCAGGAUCGAGAUUGAACAAUAUCAUCGACGUGACCGGCGCUAGCCAAUACCACGGCUUUCUGCCGGUGUUGGUACGCAACUGUAUCUCGUCGCUGACUAGUCAGACAAACGACAAGUCGAAAUCGGGCGUUAAAUCCGAGGAGAUCGAAGAACCCAAAGAAGGACUUGAGUUUGCUACCGAGUUUAGCAUCUCUACACAACCACUGACUGGCGUUGAUACGAAAGGCCGCUUUCCACUACCAUUGGCCACCGCACUCUUCAGUUUCCUCUACCAUCUCGCCAGCUAUGAAUCCGGCGGAGAUGCUUUGGUCUCUUGCGGUAUGAUGGAAUCACUCUUGCAGGUUAUCAACUGGCAUGGAGUCGAAUUGGAACAUAUUACAUUUGUAACACGCGCUGUACGCGUCAUCGACCUCAUCACCAACGUAGACAUGCAGGCGUUUUACACGCACGGCGGUCUGCAGAGCUUCAUCAGCCGCCUGGACGUCGAGGUAAAUCUCUGUGUAUCGGAACAUCCGUAUGUGUUGUCUUCACUGCAGGAGAAUGAGGAUAGAACCGCGCCUGCGUCACCCACGUCUGCUCCGGCAUCAGAUGAUGACACUUAUUAUGAGUUUCUGUUUGUGAUUGAAAACCUGGGUAAAACAUGUCUGGCGCAGCGGACUGCGCUGUUGAAGUCCAUGUUGAAUUUCCUAAAGAAAGCACUGCAAGAUUCAACGUUUUCGGAACAUAUUCGUCAUCUUAUGGAAGGUACACUCCCUAUUUCACUAAAACAUAUUAUUUCGAAUGCGGAGUACUACGGCCCGUCACUGUUUCUACUCGCGACUGAUGUGGUUACGGUCUACGUGUUCCAAGAACCGAGUUUACUCUCUACCAUCCAAGACAAUGGACUCACCGAUGUGGUCCUCCAGGCGUUGUUGAUAAAAGACGUGCCGGCGACGCGUGAAGUACUCGCAUCACUUCCGAACGUCUUCAGCGCCCUCUGCUUGAACACACGCGGAUUACAAUCGUUUUCAAAGUGUAAACCCUUCGAGAAACUAUUCAAAGUGUUACUCUCCCCGACGUAUCUAUCAGCGAUGCGUAAACGUCGCAGUUCUGACCCGUUGGGCGACGCGGCGACUAAUCUUGGCAAUGCGAUGGAUGAACUUAUGCGUCAUCAGCCAAGUUUGAAAGUCAACGCGACCACUGCAAUUGUUCAGUUGUUGAAUGAACUUUGUGUAUUGGGAACUGAUCCGAAGUAUAUCUGCUGGCGACCGCAUAGUAAAUCAGAAGCGUCGCCAGUCAUCAGUCAGCGUAAUAACACCAACGCAGCGGAUGGGAAUUCAUCGGAUGAAGAAGACGAAGAUGAAGAGGAGGCAUCCACGAGUUCACAGAACGCGCAGACUGAGAACCAAGAGAAUCAGGCGACGCUGAACAGCGAGAAACACCCGAUAGCUCUGACUGAAUACAUUCUCAAUGUGACAAAGUUUGUGGAUGCGAUUUUGAGCAACAACUCGACCGAUGAUCAUUGCCGAGAGUUUGUCACACAGAACGGACUUGUGCCCCUGUUGAGAAUCCUAGGCCUGCCGAAUUUACCCGUUGAUUGCCCGAUUACCAACUCAGCACAGGCUGUCGCUAGUGUCUGCAAAAGUAUCUUAAACCUUGCGCAUGAAUCGCGUGUUUUAGACGAAGGUCUCUCGCAGUUGAACGAAGUAUUGCAACGUUUAACACCGUUGUAUCUCCGGUUGGAUAUGCCGCGAGGAUCCAAACUCUUGCAUGAAUUAGCAAGCGCUCCUCAUCUUGAAACUGCAUUCAGCACAGCGUCAGCUACGCCAUUGUUACACGCGAUGAGCGCCGCGCAUGGUUAUGUAUUAAUGUUUGUGCAUGUUUGCCGCACGGGUCAGAAUGAUAUACGGACAUUAUCUCUGCAACACUGGGGCAGUUUGGAAGGCCUGAAUGUCCUCAAAGGCCUCGCCGAGUUGUACACUAGUCUAGUGUGGGAGAGUACACUCUUAUUAGCGUUGUGCAGCGAUGAUGUCAUACAAUCCGAGUGUGAUUUCGGGAAAGAAGACAUGGAAAAACUGAACAUCAUCACUAAUGAAUCAAAAGAAAGUAAGGAAGGUGAUAAUGUUGCGUCGGCUAUGGAACAGUUAACUACUAACCCAACAGCUGCUUCAUCGAGUGUCAUGGAUGUGGAUGCUGAGUCUACACCGAGUAACAAACCAACUUCACAGCAGUUAAAGUACAUCAAACCACUUUUGGGUGCUUCUUCACGAUUAGGCCGGGCUUUAGCUGAGUUAUUUGGACUUUUGGUGAAGUUAUGUGUUGGAUCACCGAUUCGUCAACGUCGUGGACAAAACAUGGUCUCCACACCAGCAUUAUCCAGCACACACGCUAGAUCAGUCGCAACAGCUUUGAAUGUUUUACUUGCAAAUGGUCUGAAUUAUCAUCGCUUGCCACCGAGCCCAGUACCAAAAUUCCGGCUUACUUUUCUCAUCUGUAGUGUGGGUUUCACAAGCCCGAUGCUCUUCGACGAGAAAAUACCCUAUCAUCUUAUGCUGCAUAAGUUUGUUGCUCUAGGCGGGCAGGUGACAUUUUUCAACGCCUUUGAAUGGGCUUUAAGCGCUGGUGGUUCCCUAGAAAUCGAAACCGCGCUGGAAAACCCGAAUCUACCCGAAGGAACCGGUGAGUUUUUGGAUGCUUGGUUAACUUUAUUGGAAAAGAUGGUCAAUCCGAAAGCCAUCUUGGAUUCCCCGCAUGUUAUAUCAACACGGACAGCUACCGCGAAGAAUAUCGUCUUUGAUCCCUUGAAAUACCUCAUGCAGAUCCAUUCGGAUGCCUUCAACGCAGUCAUGUUAUUAUGGGGUAAGAAACCUCUGCCCAAUUACGGCGUGCGUAUGAGUGACGCCAUUCUUACGAUUCUCAAACACAUUCUGCGUGGAGAGCGUAUUAUUCACGAGAAAUUAAACAAGACCGAUGAUAAUAAAAGUGAAGCCAAUCCGGCGAAUUCCGCUGGUGGGACUUCAUCAUCCACUGCAGGUAAUGGUGGUAAUGCAAGCAGUGCAGUUCCGAGACUACCGGAAAACGAAGCAAGUCUAAAUGCUUUGUUAGAUAUGGGUUUCCUGCGAUUACCCGCAAUGGAUGCGCUUAACCGCACUACAAAUCUAGAACAAGCUACGGAAUAUCUCCUGGCUACACCACAAGUGUCUAUGGCACCACAAACCGCUGAAAUUGACAUGUCUGAAGAUGACCAGAUGGUCCUGGCUAUAGCCAUGUCUCUAGGAGAUAAUGGUUCAACCGCUGAUGGACCAAAGAAGAAGGAAAUCCCGAAAGACCCGAAACCAAUCCCCGAGAAAGUUAUCGAUGAGUUUACUUGUCGCGCGCCUGAUGUAUGCCUGGAAUUAAUCGAAACAGUGCCGGAAUCAGUCUUUAGAGUGUGCGAUCUGUUAGUAACAAUAAUGAAACGUAACGGGGCGUCAUUCAAACAGAACUUUAUCGAAAAUCUACUGGAAAAGAUCAAAGAUACAACUCUGCAGAUUCUAAAUGAGAAAAACAACGUAACACCGGAGUUUUGGUGUCAGUCGGAUGCGUCACGUCGACUUGCAUAUUAUACACAUCUCUACACGCUCUUCUACGAAGUGCCUUCCUACUUUGAGUUUGAUUUCAUGUUGGUGUAUCAUUUCAUCGACCUCCUGGAUCUUGCCGGUAAUGUGCUCACUGAGCAUCGUGAUGCGCCGAUUCCAAAAUGGCUGACACCUGUCUUGCUGCUAUUGGAUUCAUUCGGGAAGGUUUCUGUGAGUACGCAGAGGAAAUGCGAGAUGCAUCUUGCAACAAACCGAAUCUGGAAGUGGUAUGAUAUCGUAUCAGGUAAAUGGACGAAAUAUUCAGAGGCGAAUAAUAAGAUAAUUAAUGAUGCGUACUGGAAUGGUGAGCAAACCGUGCGUAUCACUUGCGGUCGCCGAAGAUACACGAUCAGUUUCACCACCAUGCAGCAAAUCAACGAGGAGAGUAAUAAUAAUCGUCCGAUUAGUAUGACACCGACGAAUUUCGCGAAAUUGGCCGAGUUGGAUGAUACCGCUGCGCCGCCGGUGAAGUUAACUAAAAAAGAAGCAAGUCGUUGUGUUGAGUUGAAGACUUUUACGAAGGAACAAGCUGAAGGUAUUGUAAAACGUUGCACAGUCUUGAUGAAGACAGAAAUUGAUAAAGAUACUCUGCAUGCGAUCAUGCGCGUGUGUCUUAGACUCACACAGGACUUUGACAUUGCUAAGUUGUUUGUCGCGCAAGGCGGCGUGCAGUGUCUGCUGAAAUACAACGAAAAGUAUGCGUUUAGCGGGUUUAGAACACUCGCAACUUUGUUAAUCCGCCAUGCGUUGGAAGGACCCGCCAUUUUGGCUUACGCCAUGGAGAAGGUUGUGCGUGGCAGGACCCUAGCGACUUUACCAGCGUCCUAUAAAGAGUUAAUGUUUUUAUUGCGGAGUAUAGGUAGUGCUGUAACAAGGAAUUCAACAAUAUUCCUUGAUGUAGCUAAAAAUACACUGCGGAUUGACAGUUCAAGAAGGAUAAUGGAUGAAGACAGUGAUUCCCGACUGUUGUUGAGUACAGAACCAUCAAAUAGAAGUCAAGCGCCUACCAUGGUUGAGAAAGAGUCUAUUGAGGCAAUCUACGCGCUUUUGAACGCCUUACUUCGACCCGUCGAUGAUUCCUUGAAGUUAUUAUUUGGAAUGUUGAAAUCCGACUGUAAAGCACCCAAGAAACAAGCACCGCAGCCUCAACCUGCACAGGCAACCACAAGUGCACCUGCAUCAUCAUCUUCAUGCAUGUUUCAGAGGGCUAGUGAUCUUCUCAGUAACAUUGCAACACCAGCGAGUGACAUUUUGAAUUUAGACACACAAGAAGAACGACCAAAACUAACCAGAACCCUAAGUGAGAGUAGCAUUGAAACACAACCUGAAGACAUGACAAGCAGAGCUAUCCUUACAAAACCCAAUAUCCUGAAGAUUCUAGCUGAUUCAGUUGUGUCUUAUGCCGGUGUGGCGCGUUUAAUCACUGAUUAUGUUUACGAUCACAAUACUUGUGAGGAACUGCAGGAGGAUUGUACUUGUUUAGCGUUUCUCUUCGACAAGAUCCUCCCCAUGGACGAGGCGCUCAGUGACCGCGAGUGUUCGAACAUGUGCCGAACUUUGAUCGCGGGAAUCGCAUCGUGUAAUCACGCGCCGGAGGCGCAGACGGCGCUGGUGACUGAAGUGAAGCUGGCGUUGAUCCGCGCGCUGCUGAUGCCCGAGUCCACUGAGAAGCACAACCGCAUUCAGCAUAUCACCGCAAUCAUCCUCAGCAUGAUUGAGCAGUGCCCGCCGGUGCAGCAAGUGCGCAUCUAUAAAUCGCAGACGUUCAACGCGAAUGUGAACAAUAUCGCGCGCUUGAUGUUGCGGAAGGGUAUUUUCAAUGAUUUAGCCCGAGUUCCGCACUGUCUUGACAUGUCCAGUCCUAAUUUCGCCGCCACGAUCAACUCGGCGAUGAAGCCGAUGGAGUGCCUCUCGAAGAUUGUCAACCAGCCGGUGACGGGUAACAUCACCGGCAGUAGUGCGCGCAAACGCCGCCGAACGUACAACGUUGGUAGUGAGGCGGGUGCGGGUAGUGGUGGCGGUGGCAACGCCAGUGGCACCUCGACGGACGUGACGAACGCGCAGGGCGAGGACGCCGCCGAGGAUGCGGAGAAUACCGAGCACGACCUGUCGGCGGUCGCGUCCAGCCUAGGUGGUAACUUUUUCAAUGUGCAUGUUAAUGUGUUGGAUGAAAUCGUGGAACAACUUUUAGUAGAUCGCGGUCAGAACGGCAGCAGCGGAACGAUGGACAUUGACGACGAGUCCAAUCUGGUCGUGUUCGACGAGAACGAGCGCGACGCCACCGAAGAGUUGAUGAGCACUGACUCGGGCGAUUCUGGCGACUCGGCGGACUCGGGCGAUUCGGAGGACGACGUCGACGACGGCGAGGACGAGAAUGCCGAGAACACGCUCGACGAGAACAACGACGACGACGAUGAUGAUGAGAAUGACGAGGAGGACGAGGAAGAGGACGUCGAGGAGGAGGAGGACGACGAUCGCGCCGAGCCGCUGCAAUUUAACGAAAACGAAGAAUUUGCUAAUAUGGAUCGUGAUGAGGACAUUGUAAUGCUGCAAUAUGCUGACCAAGAGUCCGAACACGAAUCACUGCCACGAAUGGUGCGCUGGAACGAGAACGGCUUCGCGAUCCCAACGCUCCAAUUCGAAGACUCGAACAACGCCAACGAUCAAGCCGCGCCGACGAUACAUCCACUCCUGGUAUCGCGGCAAACGCAAGAGGCAGCCGUCGCCAAUAUGGCGCGCGCGCAACGCACCAGCCGCACGCGCCGCUAUCAAUACUUCCAGCUCAACACGCGCAACGCCAACCCGCCUGUGAUACUUCAAAGGUUGCUGGGUCCAGCCGGGCGCAAUCUUCACAUCGGUGCGUCCAACGUCUUCAAUUCCAACGUGAAUGUCACGCGUGAUUCCGCACGCGUUGUUGUCAUGGAUAACAUUGGCAUCUUCCCGUCUGUAGAGGAGCAAAUUGAUUUUGUCGAUCAGACUGGAUACAUUUUCGGUCCGAGUAUGCUGGCGACUAUUAACCACAUCCCGGUUGUGCUGCACUGGUGGAAGGAAGAGUCGCGGUUCAUCGAUGGUGAUUCCAUGCAUGACAUUGUCACCACGCUUAGCAAUGACCUGAUUCCUAGUCUGGUGAAGCACAAAAAGCAAAUUGCUCAAGAGAAGAAGAUGAAGAUUAAUAUCCUGGCUACGUCUACGCCUAAAGAAGAGAUUGAUAGGCCUUUCUGGCCGGAGGAGAAUAACCCGAACAGUGCGCCACCUGCGGAAGAACAACAGCCCGCAGCUCCGCCGCUAGAUUUACCUCUAGCUAGAGGUUUCGGUAUGUUGCCACAACAAGAAGCACGGCCUGAUCCGCCAGUUCCACCUGUGCCACCACCGAUUGAGCUACCAUUGUGGAUUACACCACCGCAUGAAAUGAUUGACUUGUCUGGUUUCGAACAGAAUGAGAUUCCAGCACCGCCUAUGCCCGAGUUGCAGGAAGAUGGGCCGGAAACCGAGCGUGAACAACGCGCGCCAAGCGCCGAACGCAAUCAGGAACAACGCCAGGAAGUUGAUAUUGUUGUGUCGGAGAAUCCUUCGUUUAGUCCCGACUCGCAUUCGUCUAUCUGCGAAGAGGACGCGGAUUUCUUCCGGCGUAACUACCCACAAGAACAGACCAUGACUGAAGAAACAGCAAAUAAUCAAUCUAAUGCUACGACUAGUAAUGAGGAGACUCUCACGCCUGCUUUGGUAGAUGCUGAAUUACCAGAAGCGCCUGAAACUCAACCUGCAGGUGAGACUACUUUUAGUACAGCGAAUAAUCCCGCAGAAGGACAUUUAGCGGCCACGGCAGCAGUUGCCGCAGCAGCUGUGAUUGCUGCAAGAAUUGACGCGGAAGAUGAAGUACCCGACGGUGUAGAUCCGUCAUUCUUGGAAGCACUACCUCCGGAGAUGCGCCGUGAAGUUCUCGAACAACAUAGAAUGCUACGACUGCAAGAGAGAAUAUCCGCGACCACUGUACCGGCUGAACCCACAGCAAGUGGAUCCAGUGAAGUUAGUCCUGAAUUCCUAGCAGCUUUACCACCAUCGCUACAAGAAGAAGUCUUAACUCAACAGAGAUUAGAACAACAAAGGCAGGCAGCAACCAGGGCGAACCCUGAUGAACCCGUGGACGCUGCGUCGUUCUUUGAAACCCUACAACCAUCACUACGUACCAUGAUUUUAUCCGAUAUGGAAGAUUCACAGAUGUCUGCACUUCCGCCGGAUCUAGCCGCAGAGGCGCAAACCCUACGCAGAGAUUGGGAGGCACGCAAUAGACAAAUGCAGGUACAAGAACGCUUCCUCGAAGCUAAUCUUACUACGAUCAUUAGACACACCGGUAGAGGUCGCAUUGCGUCUAGAUUCAACGCUGCGCAUCUUUUACCGCAAUGGGCGCAACGGCCUGACUUCCCAUCGAAUCACCCCGCUGGUAGUAUCAAGAUUCGAGGUAGGCAACUCCUCGACCACGAAGCAUUAUCGUGUCUCUUGGUGUUACUCUUUGUUGAUGAUCCCAAGUUGAACACUAGUCGCUUGCAUCGCGUGAUUCGCAACCUGUGUCAUCAUGUCCCCACGCGUGACUGGGUCGUCCGGGCGUUGUUGAGUAUCAUCGACCGCAGUGUCCACGUUAAACCCGACGAGCUUACAUCGAACAAGGCGAAGAAAACACCGAAACCCGGCCCGUUGAGCAGUAAACUAACAACGGACUCGAAGAACAUGGGUAACGGUGCGAACUGGUUGAAUAUUCGCAUGGAGGCUGCCCUCGGUUGUCAUGCGAGUUUUAUUGUCAAUCGCGCGCCUGGUAAACGCACUGAGAAGAACUCUAGUAAUUCCAGCGUGACGAUUCAUUCACAAGCAGCCCCGAUUGUUUGCCGUAAUGCUUUGGACAUUUUCACAUCGUUAUCCCGCACGUUCCCCACGUUUUUACUGCCGUUGAAACCCAAAGAGAAGAAUAAGACAGAAAAGUCGACUGCACGUAAUAAUAAAGCCGAAUCGACUGACUUUUGGGAUAUGCUGCUUAAACUGGACGCCGCCAGUACCAAAAAGGGUAAGAGUUUGAAUAAGACACAUAAUAGCACUUUCAAUCUCGGCGCGGAUACGGAUAAUUUUGUACAGUCAUUCGAGCAGAGCGCGUUUGGUGCGCUGUUGGGUAUGCUUAGCUCUAACGUGAUAAAAGGCAGCAUUCAGUUAACUGAUAAACUCCUGCGGUUGUUAUCGGUGAUAUCCACCGGAAUGCCGGAGUUGUCCAAAGGUGACUCCAGCUCCACAACGAAAGCAAUCGCGCAGAAUUAUGAAAGUGUAGCUGCACCGGAAGCCGCAUUGAACCUGGCUGUAAACGUACUUACUUAUAAGAGUUGCUCUGAAGAAGGUCUGGAAGAUGUGACGGCUCUAUUGCUCAAUUUAUCCACGUGCUCUCUGGAGAUGAGCAGAUCCAUAUUGAAUCUGCUGCUGCAAGGCGCCAAACGCAUCGGGGAGAUUGUCCAAGGUCAGAUUGGUAAUAUGCUCACAGAGUUGCAGCGCACGCAUACAAAGUCGAACAAACCGAAGGAAGAACAGCAAGGUGCAAGCACCUCGAAGGGUAUACUCAAUAAUCGCUUCACGAACGAACACGUUGUUAUUACUGCAUCCUCCAAGGUGAAGACAUCCUGUGACCUGCAGUUACCAUCAAUGGCACCGCUCACUUCGAAAUCAUCAAGUCAAGUAUUCUUCCUGCGUGUGUUACGCGUGAUUGUUCAGAUUAGGGAAGCGAUUACCAAUAAAAAGGGUCCUGACGGUGUGGGGCUUACAUUGGGUCCACUGAGUGAGCAGUUAGAUGACCCGCAAGGACUCUGGCAUACGUUGAGUCUUUGCCUUUUGGAAUUGGAGCAUACUCCGGAUCAUCAUGCGGUGUUGGUGUUGCAACCAGCUGUAGAAGCAUUCUUUUUGGUGCAUUCACCACCGCAGGAAGCUGCUUCCACAACAGAAAACAAACCGCCGGCGAAUAGCGCCACGCAAGGACAAGCUGCGGUUCAAGCGCCUGCAAGUCAAACACCAGCUAUAGGUCCACCGGAAUCUACCAGUGCGCAGGGUGAAGCUGGUGAAGCUUUGGUCUCGUUGACUUUAAGCGAUAUCAUGGAAACCAGUGGUAGAAGUGGCGUUCAGCCUGAACAUCAAAAGUUCCUUACGUUUGCCGAGAUGCAUCGCACCGUUUUGAAUCAGAUUCUGCGCCAGACAACAUCACAUCUUGCUGAUGGACCGUUCUCUGUGCUGGUUGACCAUACUAGGGUUUUGGACUUUGAUAUCAAGCGCAGGUACUUCCGUACGGAGCUAGAUCGUCUUGAUCAGAAUAUCCGAAGGGAGGAAACAGCGGUUCAUGUGAGAAGAGAGCAUGUUUUCGAGGAUUCAUUCAGGGAAUUGUACAGAAGAAGUCCGGAGGAGUGGAAGAACAGAUUCUACAUUGUUUUCGAAGACGAGGAAGGUCAAGACGCAGGCGGUCUUCUCCGAGAAUGGUACGUCAUCAUCUCGCGAGACAUCUUCAACCCAAUGUACGCCCUCUUCACCGUCUCACCUGGAGAUCGUGUCACGUAUAUGAUUAAUUCUGCAAGUCACUACAACCCGAAUCAUCUUUGUUACUACAAGUUUGUCGGGCGAGUCAUUGCUAAAGCAAUUUACGAUAAUAAACUACUCGAGUGUUACUUCACUCGAUCGUUCUACAAGCAUAUAUUAGGCAUACCGGUGAAGUACACCGAUAUGGAGAGCGAAGAUUACAGCUUCUAUCGCGGAUUGGUCUACCUCAUGGAAAACAACAUCAACAAUUUCGACUGCGAUCUGUCGUUUAGCACCGAGAUUAACGAGUUUGGUGUGACGGAGACGCGCGAUCUUAUCCCGAAUGGCCGCAAUGUGCCUGUUACUGAAGAGAAUAAGAUGGAGUAUGUGCGGAGGUCCUGCCAGAUGAAGAUGACUGGCGCCAUUAGACAACAAUUGACUGCGUUCCUUGAGGGAUUCUACGACAUUAUACCGAAGCGUUUGAUUUCGAUUUUCAACGAGCAAGAGCUGGAACUGCUCAUCUCUGGUCUGCCAAACGUGGAUAUUGAAGACCUGAAGGCAAAUAGUGAAUAUCAUAAAUAUCAAGCCAAUUCUUUACAGAUCCAAUGGUUCUGGAGGGCUUUGCGUUCUUUCGAUCAGGCUGACCGUGCGAAAUUCCUGCAGUUUGUCACUGGCACAUCAAAGGUGCCCCUGCAGGGCUUCGGCGCGCUGGAGGGCAUGAACGGCGUUCAGAAAUUCCAGAUACAUCGCGACGAUCGAUCCACUGAUCGUUUACCCUCGGCUCAUACUUGUUUUAAUCAGCUGGACCUGCCAGUCUACGAGACGUACGACAAGCUGCGAUCGUAUCUGCUAAAAGCCAUCCAUGAAUGUUCGGAGGGCUUUGGCUUCGCUUAAAAAUUGAUAAUAGCAUGUUUCUGUUCAAAGACUGAUAAAAAAAAAACACUUUUAAACCGAAGGCAACCGAACGAACACGAACAUAACGCGUGUAGGGAAAAAUAAUUAGUUGUUUUACAAAGAGGGGUGUAUCGUCACCCCGCCAUAGUGUCUUCUUACCGUCGCAAACAUAAACAAAAAAAAACACAAAAACGCAAACAUUAGUUUCGUCUUGCGCGCCACGUAGCAAUCUACAGUUUCGUUUUCUGAUUACAUACUUUCCUUACGAUAAUCGUUUUUAUGAAUUCAAAAUGUAAAUAAGUAUUUGUGUACAGAACUCUGAUAUUUUGCAAUGUGUAAUAUAAGAAUGUUAGCAAAGUAAAGAUUAAAAAGAAAAACUACUAUAAGUUGUAAGAAUUAUAUAGGCGAUUCGCAGUAAGGACACAGACACACACACGGAAUAUUUGCGUAUACAUAUAACGAAAAUGUAAACACAGACAGACACAACACGUUUCAACGCUAGCAUAGUUUGUUUGCCGAUAUCCGGCCGGCGAGAUUGUUUCAUGCGAGGCAGACUUACGAAUGGCACAAACAUAUUUUUGUAAACGGGCGCCGUCAGUCGUGCGGCUGGCGGCCGCAGAUUUGUCGUGAUAGAUUGAAUUUGAAUGCCGCAGAAUUCAGGUUCUCUCCUUAAAAUGAUUUGUUAACGUUAGGAUGUUGUUUGAAUUCUUUUUCGUUUCGUCCGCCGCGCCCAUCCUCAUACUGCGAGAAGAAUUCGAUGGCGGACCGUCGCGAGCACGUUUAAUUUGAUAAGCAUUGAGUUUCAUUUCAUUUAAGUGGAUGGGGAUUCGUUUUUGAGUUUCGAUACACGAUUAGCGAGGCGCGAAUUGUUAAGUAAUGUGCAAAAAGCCUGUAGCGGACUGCCACAGUCAGACCCGUCAUGUUUCUUUGACUUUUAUAACAAUUCAUUGUAUUUUUUGUGAUACAACUCUAAUAAUAAAGAUAAUUUCUUAAACAA